UCCACCUUGCCUCGCCAUAUCUCUAGCCAUUUCACAACCAAAGCUCAUACCCUACUCCACGCCCGCCACCCCCUGCAAGGCAUAAAGUUGUAUCAUUCUUUUCGGAUUCCGCAUGUAGCAGGAGCUUAUUACACAGGGCUAGUCUUUUUUUCUUACUUAUCAUGGACUGCUCCGAGCAUCCGACGGGCUCCGGUGGACGAUCACCUGCACGACGCGAGGUCCAAGGGCCCCGACCAACACCUCUCAAAGUCCGAAAAGACUUUGAUAAGUUCAAGAAGCCACCUCAUCCCCCUCAACACCGUCCUCCGGUGAUAAUCUACACCGUCUCUCCGAAAGUCAUCCACACCAACCCUAGCGACUUCAUGUCUCUAGUCCAACGCCUCACCGGCGCCGCCUCUAGCUCCACCUCCACAUCGGUCGCAUCAGAGACCGUGCGGAAAUUGGCCACAAUUGAGAAGCCUUUGCCUUUAGCCAAGCGUGACAACGAUGUAUUGAAUCCAUUGGGGUUUGGUGAUGUCGCAACUUCUUUCAAUCAUGCUGGGAUCUUGUCGCCGGUCCCGGCCUCACUGCCGGCCAUAUCUCCGAACUUUUUCUCACCACCGGCGGUUGAUAUAAGUAAUUCACUUAGCUUCUUGCCUGAUUUGAGCCCGGGUAUUUUCAGUGGUAAUCACAAGAACUAUGCGGACAAUAGCUUCUUGAUUAGUCCCGGUAAUUUGUUAUCAAGUCAUAUUGCUCCAACACCGAGUGGGUAUUGGGAUUUAUUUAAUCAAUAUGACCAAGGUUUGUAAGAGUAUGAGACUUGGAGAUCAAUAGAAUAACGAUGAGCACAAGGUUUAUUCAAUGAGAGGUUGAGCUACGGUUGGCAAUUUUUGUUGAUUGUUCUUAUAUUUGACGUCACCCAAGUGGUUGUUUAUACGGAUAGGUA